AUGCAAACAACGCGAUGCCUGCAAGAUACCACGCAUAUCCACGAGAUUACCUAUCAGGAAGAGAUCACUGCCGUGCUCAACAGGCUAUCAGAAAGCUUUGAUGGCAUCGACGGCAAUCCCUUCCUCUACGUCAACGCGACCUGCGGCUUUCACGUUCACGUCGGUAAUCACAAGGACGGGUUUGUACUCCAGACGGUCAAGCAUGUGGCAUGCACAUGGCUCGUGUGCGAAAGGCAGCUCGAUAGCGUUCACGCUUCACACCGUAUCGGAGGUAGUGCGCUCAAUUCCAACCCCUUCGAUGCCAGAAAGACAGACCUCAUGGCUGAUAAACUCGAGCUGGCUGUCAAAGAGCCGAGGCCCUACAAUUCAGCUGCAUCGGUAUAUUUUGUAGCUGCCGCAUAUCGCCAUCGCCAACGGCAGCAGGCUGACUACGCUGAUCCUGAUCACGGCGAGGACGGGAUUCUGUUCGAUAAACGUCGUUACCCACUAGACCCCACUUGCAGCCACCCAACAGUUCGUCAAGCGGUCGCUGAGACCAAUGUCGCAGCUUGGGCCAAGAGCAUUAUCGGCGCUCCGAGCCUCGAAGCAGUUCUAGCAUUGGGGUUUGGCACCCACGCUACGAACCUGAACCUCGCAAACCUGGCUAAAGGUCAACGUCAGACCAUCGAGUUCCGCCAACACGCCGGUACAGUCGAUCCGCAGGCAGUCUUGGCGUACAUUGACCUCGUCGCAGUCCUGGUUCUGCACGCCAACAACACCAGCGCAACGUACUAUGACUCUCUCAUCGCAGCCCCAAAUGGCAAAUAUCUCCACCCUUCGUUCGCUGCGACAGAUCUCAUGGCCGAGCUCGGCAGUAGCACAGCCUGGAAGUACUACGGCUCUAAGACUCGAGAGAGUCAUCUUGACCAGUACGAUGCCAUCGUCGAAGCCCCGCGACAGCGCUUGGAGGCUUUGGGCAGUCCUUUCGCGGAAUUCGCGGGAUUUCUUGUGUGCAAGGCUUGGAUGGCAUAUGAUCCGGCGUGGGUUAAUACGAUGAUAACGAGGAAACUGGUAUCGGGCGGGUUUGCACAGGGUGUUGCGCCGCCUGUCGGUAGCGCUUCAUCAGUCACUGCGCCAUGUUGGUGUAAGCCUCAUCGAAAUGCACCAUCAAUGCCAUCACAGGCAGCGAUGUUGCCAGUGGGGACUUAA